AAUUUAGACCGCCAUUAGACUCAUUGGAGCAGCUGCAGCCACACUAGCUAGCUCCCAAAAGAGCCACCCCGCUGUUCUCAUAGCAGCACCUCCUCACGCACGACCUAGACGGGUGACGUCGUCUCACACCUGCAGCUCACAAAAUACGCCACAUCAGCAACCCAUCUCCCACCUCUAUAGCACUUUGGGCUUUCCAGUUGGCGCCUCCACCGGCUGUCUUCUACACCCUCGUCAGGCCCGACAGUGCACCUUCCAACAAAGCAAACAUGGGAACACCUUUCAUCUCGCUUCUUGAGCCCAGUAAGCUCGACGGGUAUAGAAUUGGGACUCCCCGCGAGCAGCAGCAAGCCUCCCUUCCAAAGACAUUCCUCGAUGCGAUGGAGAUCAGAGCGGACGUUUUUGUAGAUGAACAAAAUGUCCCCGCCAACAACGAAUUCGAUGCGGAUGACUCCAGAAGCUGUCAUUGGGUAGCCUACGCGAGCGUCCACAAAACCGAAGAACACGAAGUCCGUGACGAGGCUGGAAAUGUCGUACAGCCGCGCAAGAGUUCAACGCGCACAACACCUAUAGGGACAAUACGACUUGUACCCUUUCCUCAUGAUCCCCAUCCCCUGAGAGAUGGUCACUAUUGGAAUGGCAUCCUGCAAGACGACCAACCUGCGCAGGCUAAACCCCAACCUGAACUGGAUGCUAAGAAGCCUUUCGUGGCUGAUCGCGCUACAACGUUUCAUGACGGCAAAGAACCGUACGUAAAGCUUGGGCGUCUCGCAGUCCAGAAAGACUACCGUGGAAACAAAAUCGCCGGCUUACUUGUAUCUACCGUCCUUGACUGGCUCAGACAAAAUCCAUCCUACUUUGACCCCAGCAUCACGGAACUGGGGCUGGAGCAGAUGGGGGCCACUAGAGAAACAGAUAUUCCCUCCUGGAAUGGCCUCGUCUGUGUCCAUGCCCAAGAGCAAGUAAAGGGUGCCUGGGAACGUUGGGGAUUUAAGGUUGAUGAAGGAAUGGGUCGGUGGUGGGAAGAAGGCAUUGCCCAUGUUGGCAUGUUUCAACGACUGAAGAUUGGCAUCAAGCAGAUGCGAAUUUACUAAGUCAUGGCUAAGAUUUUUGUUGAAGACGGAAACUACUACAAUUAUGACCCAAACAUAUAGAUAUCCAAUGAGACAAAAUAGUCUCAGAGAAUGAUAGAUUGAAUGCAUUGCCUUUUACUAGUGAUCACAUGC